AAUCAUAUUCUGCAGAAGAAUUACUUUGGAAUUGGGCAUCCUCCCACUCACAUUCCUUGGUUUUAGAAGAAGGAAAAAAAGAUAGAAAUCUCUUUCUCUAAAAUCACUAAGUUGACCAAUACUCUUAAACCAAAUAGUAGAAAGAAGUAAAAUGAAGAUCACAGCUCUUCUGGUUUUCAAGUGUAAUAAUAGUAAUACAGAGUCAUCAACAGAGACGGAUCCGAUAAUACUAGCUAAUGCAUCAGAUGUAAGCCAGUUUGGUUAUUUCCAGAGGAACGGUGUUAAAGAAUUCAUCGUCUUCUUUGGACGCACUGUUGCGAAACGUACUUCCCCUGCUCAACGCCAAUCCAUCCAGCACGAAGAAUACAAGGUGCACUCUUACAAUCAAAAUGGUUUGUGUGCUGUUGGUUUCAUGGACGAUCACUACCCUGUCCGCAGCGCUUUCUCUCUUCUCAACAAGGUACUAGAUGAAUAUCACAAAAUAUUUGGGGAUACUUGGAAGAAUGCACAGGCAGAUGCAACUGUACCGUGGCAGUUUUUAAAUGAUUCAUUAACCAAAUUUCAGGAUCCUGCUGAGGCUGAUAAGUUGCUGAAAAUUCAGAGGGAAUUAGACGAAACAAAAAUCAUCCUUCAUAAGACCAUUGACAGCGUGCUUGAAAGGGGAGAGAAGCUGGACAGCUUAGUUGAGAAGAGUUCAGAUCUUAGUGCAGCAUCUCAGGCUCUACUCUUGUUUACAUGGCCAUGGAUUUCGGAUACAGCUAUUCUACAAGCAGGCAAAGAAAACCAACCAAUGUUGUACGAUAUUAUAGACAAGCGUCUGAAAACAAGGGCAAAAGAUGUCUACACCCUGGACCAGGAGCUGGCUAGUCAAUUUAAUGCGUUACUGCGUACUAGUGUGGUAAAGAUUUACUAUGUUUAAGGUAUGGGGGUGCUUUUGCACUGAAGACUUAUAUGUUGGAAAUAUCAUAUUGUUUUAGUUGGUCGUCAUGCGUCACAUAGUAACAUGUGAUUCAAAACGUACAUUAUGAUCUAAACCCUGUCAUUUUGACCGAGCAUUUGUUGCAUCAUCUAAAAUCAGUAUUCAGUACCCAAAUCUCUCCUUAGAGUGUGUAUGGUCCAUUCUUAUCAAUAUUAUGAGGGAAACCUCUUUUUCAAUUAAAGAAAAAGAAUUAUGUGAACCGAAA